UGGGCCCCCCCCACCAUGGACGAGCGGCUGCUGGGGCCGCCCCCUCCAGGCGGGGGCCGGGGGGGCCUGGGGCUGGUGGGUGCGGAGCCUGGGGGCCCUGGCGAGCCUCCCGGUGGCGGCGACCCCGGUGGGGGUGGCGGGGGGGUCCCGGGAGGCCGAGGGAAGCAAGACAUCGGGGACAUUCUGCAGCAGAUAAUGACCAUCACGGACCAGAGCCUGGACGAGGCCCAGGCCAAGAAACAUGCCCUGAACUGCCACCGAAUGAAGCCAGCGCUCUUCAGCGUCCUGUGUGAGAUCAAGGAGAAGACCGGCCUCAGCAUCCGAAGCUCCCAGGAGGAGGAGCCCGUGGACCCCCAGCUUAUGCGCUUGGACAACAUGCUUCUGGCAGAAGGUGUGGCUGGGCCUGAGAAAGGGGGGGGCUCCGCGGCGGCAGCUGCAGCCGCAGCAGCUUCCGGGGGCGGCGUGUCCCCUGACAACUCCAUCGAACACUCGGACUAUCGCAGCAAGCUCGCCCAGAUCCGCCACAUCUACCACUCCGAGCUGGAGAAGUAUGAGCAGGCAUGCAACGAGUUCACGACCCACGUCAUGAACCUGCUGAGGGAGCAGAGCCGCACGCGGCCCGUGGCGCCCAAGGAGAUGGAGCGCAUGGUGAGCAUCAUCCACCGGAAGUUCAGCGCCAUCCAGAUGCAGCUCAAGCAGAGCACCUGCGAGGCCGUCAUGAUCCUGCGCUCCCGGUUCCUGGAUGCCAGACGGAAACGCCGCAACUUCAGCAAACAGGCCACCGAGGUCCUAAAUGAGUAUUUCUAUUCCCACCUGAGUAACCCGUAUCCCAGUGAGGAGGCUAAGGAGGAGCUCGCCAAGAAGUGUGGCAUCACCGUCUCUCAGGUCUCCAACUGGUUUGGCAACAAGCGGAUUCGCUAUAAGAAAAACAUCGGAAAGUUUCAAGAGGAGGCAAACAUCUAUGCCGUCAAGACCGCCGUGUCUGUCACCCAGGGGGGCCACAGCCGCACCAGCUCCCCGACACCCCCUUCCUCCGCAGGCUCUGGCGGAUCUUUCAACCUCUCAGGAUCCGGAGACAUGUUUCUGGGGAUGCCCGGGCUCAACGGAGACUCCUACCCUGCCUCCCAGGUGGAAUCACUCCGACACGCGAUGGGCCCCGGGGGCUACGGAGAUAGCCUCGGGGGAGGCCAGAUGUACAGCCCCCGGGAAAUGAGGGCGAACGGCGGCUGGCAGGAGGCUGUGACCCCGUCCUCAGUGACGUCCCCAACAGAGGGGCCAGGGAGCGUUCAUUCCGACACUUCCAACUGAUCUCACCCCUCGGCCACAGGGUGGGGGCUCAGAGGUGACUCUUGACGAGAGGACAAAGGCAUCCAGAGGACAAGCCCCAGACACAGGAGAAGCACAAGAGAAGGGCAAAUGGGGUCGCCCUACCCCAGCCGACUCAGUGCUGGGGUUGCUGAGUACAUGGCAAGGAGAAGGGGGUCCCCUAAGGGGAAGGUGGGGUCUGUCUCCCCUUUUUUCCCUUCUUUUCAAGCUUUUUCUCUCCCCAUUUCUCACACAGAAACACACCCAGAAUCCUAUCUUUCAGGUCCUCUCUCAUAGACACAUACACGACUAUUCUGUUUCUCUUCCUCUUUCUCUUUUUUUCUCUCUCUCUCUGGGUUCACCCAUUCUUCCUCCCCCACCCCUUAUCUGCUCUGGGAUCUGUGGAGACGCCAGCCUUGCCCUACCUACCAGAGAUGCCAAAAAUGGGGACACAACUUCUGGACAGAUGACCUGGCCACACCCCAGGCCUCCCCCCUCCCCCUCCAGACGGCUUUAUUACCUCAUAUGCAGCUCAUCUUAAACCAAUAGAAUUGCUCGGUGAACGAGAGUGUCUGACUCAGAUAUCUACCUCGAGGGAGUUUCUGCUACUUUAGGGAAUUGGGAAUUGUUAACUGGGUGUGGGGUUUGAACCUUCUUUUUUAGGGAAGAAAAAAUCCCUGGGAUCCAUCUGUAUUUUGGGGGUGUUUUGUUGUUGGUUCUUCAUUUUUAAUUGAGUUUGGGGAAGUAGAUGUUUUUAUAUGUUGAUUUCUUUUUAUCUUAAUUACUGGCUUUCCCAUAUUAGGGGUGAUAGUGAAAGGGGUUAUGAUAAGAGAAAGGGGAGCCAGCAGAAGGCCCGGCUGGCUCCUGUCCACGGAAGUCAUGGAGCAGGGCGCCACGCCCGCCCCCCAGAUCACUUAGGUCCCCUCCUCUGUUUUAAAACCCCAGGAGUUCUCUGCUGCUGAGGCAGCUCCUGCUGCCCGUGGUGGGGAGGCAGCUGGGCGCUUGCGUGGUGGCCUGUUCUCCCUCCUCGCUCAACCCUUGGGCAGGGCUGGGCACAGUCACUUGGAGGCAGUGCCACCUUCCCCUGUGACAUGUCUUUUUUUUUUUUUAA